AAUGAAAUUAACCAGGACAGGAGAUGCUUGUAAGCUAUGUGGAAACGACGCUCAGUUCCCUAGAAAUAAGAAGUUUAGCUUUGGCCCCUCACUUGAAAACUUCUGAAUUGUCCCAUUACUGCCUCAUUCACUCCCAGAAGUCAGACGCUGGCCUGCUAAUCUGCCCUGUCAUAGGCUUUUUUUGAGUCCUUAUCAGCCUUCCUCAGGGGGUCAAUGUUAUGAAGACUGGGGGAGUCGGGCAGAGUUCCUGCUCCUCCCAGGCUGAUAUCAAAGGGCACCAGGGACUGUGACAGAAAGCAAGUAUUCAGACCAAAGCCAGAUGUGGAAUUGAAACAGCAAGAGGAGAAGCAAGAGCAUCAGUCACUGUUUGGAGCACAGAGAGGCUGCUGAGAUGGAGAGUCUCAAGACCAAUAUGGAAAUGCUCUAUCCUGAGAAAAUCGUAGAAGUGGGCAGAGUGACUUUUGGAGAAGAGAACAGGAAGAAGAUGGCCAAUAAGUACUUGAAAAGAACUGAGAAUUCUACAAUCAUCCAAGCUACAUGUGCACUGUUAAAUUCUGGAGGGGGUGUGAUCAAAGCGGAGAUUGAUGAUAAAAACUACAGUUACCGAUGCCAUGGGCUGGGACACGAUCUGGAAACUUCUUUUCAAAAGCUCCUUCCUUCAGGUUCACAGAAAUACCUUGACUACAUGCAGCAGGGACACAACCUCCUGAUUUUUGUGAAGUCAUGGAGCCCAAAUGUUUCCAGCUUCCCCCUAAGGAUCUGCAGCUUGCACUCUAAUUUAUAUCAGAGAGAUGUGACUUCCGCUAUCAACCUGAGUGCCAGCAGCGCUCUGGAGCUUCUCAGAGAAAAGCAGUCUAGAGCCCAAAGAGGAAGAACAAGGGUGAAGGAGCUACAUCCUCAGAGAGUGCUUGAAAGAAACAUUCAGGAAGAAGAAGAUAUGAAGACGUCUGCCUCAGAAUUCUUUAAAAGGGACAAACUCAUGUAUAAAGAGAAACUCAGCUUUACUGAGUCAACACAUGUUGAGUUUAAAAGGUUCACCACCAAAAAGGUUAUCCCUCGGAUUAAAGAAAUGCUGCCUCAUUAUGUUUCUGCAUUUGCCAACACCCGUGGGGGAUACCUAAUUAUUGGGGUGGAUGAUGAGAGCAAAGAAGUGUUUGGAUGUAUGAGAGAAAAAGUGAACCCUGACUUAUUAAAAACAGAAAUAGAAAACUGCAUAGAAAAAUUGCCCAGAUUCCAUUUCUGCUGUGAGAAGCCAAAGGUGACUUUCACCACCAGAAUCUUGGAUGUAUACCAAAAAGAUGCCCUGUAUGGUUAUGUCUGUGUGAUUCACGUGGAGCCCUUCUGCUGUGUAGUAUUCACAGAGGCCCCGGAUUCCUGGAUCAUGAGGGACAAUUCUGUCACAAGGCUCACCGCCGAGCACUGGGUAGCCCUGAUGCUGGAUAUUCAGCCAGCUCCUUCCAGCUUGGCCACAGACUACAGCCUUCCCCUGAUUUCACCAGCUUCAUCUGCCAAGAAGCCAUCAUAUCCCAUAAAAGUCCUGGAAUUUAAGGCGGCUCUACAACAACGUUUGUUUCCAGUGCUACAGGAAGAGAUACAAUUUAAACCAGAAUCCCUCUGUAAGAAGCUAUUCUCAGAUCACAAAGGACUGGAGGAAUUAAUGAAGUCGCAGAUACGUCCUUGUUCUCAAGGGAUUGUGAUAUUUUCUAGAAGCUGGGCGAGUGAUGUUGGCUUACGGAAAGAGCAGGAUGUCCUGUGUGACGCACUCCUAAUAGCAGUGAACAGCCCCCUGGUACUCUAUACAAUCUUAAUACAGCCCAGUGAGAGGGAAGGGCUUGCGUAUGCCCGAAGUACUGCUUAUCAGUUAAAGCAGAAACUGGGAACUGUUGGUGGCUACACAGGAAAAGUGUGUGUCAUCCCAAAGCUGAUGCACCUGCCCAGCACACGGUGCGAACCCUGUGAAAUCCCUGUGUACUACCCCCAGUCCUACCAGCUUGCUAACAAGGAGGAAAUGGAAGACUUGCUGCAGGCCCUUAUCGUGGUCUCGCUGUGCUCUAGAUCUCUUCUGAGUCACCAGCUGGGCUGUGAAUUUUUCAACUUGCUCAUCGCAGAGCAGUGCGAGUUGCUUUCAAAGAACCUUCGGGAGACACGAGAAUUGUUCAUCCACUGCUUUCCGGGAACCAGAAAGACAGCCAUAGCCAUAAAGAUCAUGGAGAAAAUUAAGGACUUUUUCCACUGCAAACCAAAAGAGAUUCUCUAUGUGUGUGAAAGUGACUCCUUAAAGGAUUACGUGCUCCAACAAAGCACCUGCCAGGCUGUGACCCGGAAAACGUUCAUGCAAGGGAAGUUCCUAAAGAUUAAACACAUAGUGGUGGAUGAGACUGAGAAGUUCUGCAGUCAAUAUGGUGACUGGUACACAAAGGCUAAGAGCAUCACCCAUCCAAAGGUGAGGGCGGCUGGAAGUGAAAACCUUCCCCGUGGGGUCCUCUGGCUUUUUCUGGACCCUUUCCAAGUCCAUCAUGCAGAUGGCAAUGGCCUUCCCCCUCCAUCGGCUCAGUUUCCUCGUAAAACAAUCACCAAUGGGAUCCACUGUUCUCUGGAAAUAGCAAUGGUCAUAAAACAAGAAAUGAAGAGAAUCAAAGAAAAUCGUCCCUCCAACAUGUGUCCAGACACACUGGCAUUGUUCAGGGAAGAUGCCUACAGGGAAGUAAUGUGUGCUCAGGCUCUGCCCGGGGUGUGUGAGACAGAGACUAACCUGACAACAGAACAAAUGGCCAACCACGUGGCAGAAAGAUGUCACAACCUGUUCCAAUAUGGCUAUCUGCCCAAAGAUAUAGCAAUUCUGUGCAGGAGUGGGGAGGACAGAGGACGCUAUGAGCGUGCCCUGCUAAAAGCCAUGGAAUUAACUGAGACCCACGGAGUGACAGGAGUUGUGUUCAGCCGGGCCUCUGGUGUGUUGGGCAGUGACAUCAUUUUAGACAGCGUUCAGCAGUUCUCAGGCCUGGAGAGGAAUAUCGUGUUCGGGCUGAGUCCAGAAUGCACCCUGUCAGAGGACACUCAUAAGCUCUGUUUUGCUUCAAGAGCCAUUAAACACCUCUAUCUGCUUUAUGAAAAGAGGGCAGCUUUCUGAAAAUUAUUUGAAGCAAUACAGGAAGCCAGAUAGAACAGAGUUCCUUCUCCCAGGCAGGUGGCAGUUACUCCUUUGCACACAUGACAAGUGAGGAAAUCCAGGCACAGUCAGCAUGGCAGAGAGCCACAGAAAUGUAUCGGGGAACUGACCCUGACACUCUGUUUGCAGUGUCACUGUCGGUUUUCCAGUCCAUUUCACCUCCUCCAUGUACAACAGACUUCAAUGUGGUCCCCUGCCUCCAGCUUUCAUGCUGUCAAACAGAGAGGUUCUCCUCAAAUAGAGAACUGAUUUUGUGACAUCCCCUGCUAAUGCAUCUUCAAUGAUUCCCUGCAGUCUUCAAACCAAACCAAUUUUCAAGGCUUUCCAUGAUACACCCUGACUUGCUCUCCGAAUCCAUCCUUUAUUAUAUCUCCAUCUCCCAGUUUCUAAUGCACCCAGCCUUACUGGUCUAUUUAAGGGGGUCAAAGGUAGGGUGCUCACCCAGUUGCUUACUUUGACUCGGUGUCUCAGGACAGACGGCACCUUGGUUGGCACCUCAUACUGGCUAUGGGUCUCAAGCUUUAUAGGCUCAGAACUUGAUUUCCUUUUUGCACCAAGUCUGGAUCAGUCUCUCUGGGAUGGCUUUAUGCUAAUAAAGCUCACAGAAGACCAAGGCAAAAAUGAAAAUGCCACUCCGUCCAUUUACAGUGCGGAUUAUAGUAAUAAGUGAGCCAGAUGCUUUCGCUAGUCAGUAUAUUCAAUAGUAACAUAGGAAGCCAAAUUAUAGAAGCAUAGCUUUGCAGCAAGGGGGAGCUGGUAAUCUGACUCAAUUGUCCGAAGUCUUCCGGCUAUGUUAGACUAUGGCAAUCAUCUCCAAAACAGGGAUAUUUCCACCACAAGGACUGGUCAGGGCAGGUUUACAAAAGAAAGUUUAGAAUGCUAUGAGUGACUCGUUGUCCCAUAAUUUCUGCCUCAGAUAAAAUUUUUUCUCUCUCUCCUAGUUUCUAAAGUUUCCAGGUUGACAACCAACCUUCCCUCACUCUUCCCAACACUACCAAUACUUGCUCACAUUCCAUUCUCACGUGUUAAUACGUUCAUCUAGGCUACCAACUGCUUGGACCAGCAACAGGCCUGGGAAGUAGCCUGUCUAGAAGGAGUCUUUGCUCAUUCCUGCUCUCUUCCGUGAUGAUCUGGUGUUAAUUUUAUAAUCCAACUGUGAGAGGUUACGGGGAGCCUGGGUGGCAAUCCAGCACCUAUGAUGCCUGUACACAUUCCUGGCUUCUGGCUGUGCCUGUGCCAUUUUCUCGGCCUUCAAACCCUUUUCUGCUCCCUCUGACGCGUCAGUCAAGCCCCUGUUCAAGAACCCACCUCUUCAAUGCAACUUUCAUCAUCCCCCUAAGUCAAACUUGGUUUCUCUUUUUGCAGCCAUUCUAUGGCUUCAUUUUUUUUUUUUUUUUUUUUUUGUGAUAGCACUAAAGUCAUUCUAAACUGCCAGAUAACUAAUUGUUGGCGUAGCAAAAUCUAGGCAAUACAUUCCUAUCAUGUCUUCUUUCCAAUGUAUGUGUUAUAUAUUAGAAAUAACAAUUUAUUCUUAAUAAUAUAUUAGAAAUAAAAUCUUGUUUUUCUGUCUUAAGGUUUUUUGUUUUGUUUUGUUUUAUGGCUCUGGAAAGAUUCCUCUUUCGAGACUAUUCUUCUAGAAAAGUGUAGGACAAAUUCAUUCAUGCUGGGGAGGUCUGAAUGCAGGACAAAGUGUGGAAAUAUUCUUUUGGCUGUAAUUUCAGAUAAAGCCCAUCAGCUUUCCAAGAGGUGGGAAGGCAGGUGGGGCUUGGGGAAGUGCCCUUAGCUGCCUGUCUGAACUGCUCAGGCCAUCAGACAGGCCAGUAUGAAUCUAGUCUUGGCCGUGGAUUGGACAAAAGAACCUCUUUCCCAACUUCUGCUGCACCAAUUACUUGGCGCUUCCUCCUUUUUACUGUUCCUUGGGGGUUUUAGGGUACUUUUAGGUGGGAGAAAAUCAUAAAGUUCAGCAACUAAUUCAUUUUUGAUGAUGCAAAAGAUACCAGUGUCCUAACAUUUGAGAUAAUGGAAGAUGUGUGAAUUCUUUAAAAAUAAUUUAAAGAGGGCUGGCCCAGUGGCUCAGGCGGUUGGAGCUCCUUGCUCCUAACUCUGGAGGCUGCCAGUUCG